AUGUCCAACCAUCACGAUGACGCAUCCUGGACGCGCGCUGACAGAGAACUUUUAGAGAACACUGCCAGAGAUGCCAAGUAUACCAACGAACAAGUCACUAUUUUGGCCGAGCAAAUCAAAAUUCUGGUGUCUCACUCCCAGCAACGCGAAGAGAAGGAAGCCCGAGAUGCGCAAGCCAAAAUCAGAUUGCCGUUCUAUCGCAAGCUCUGGAACCGAUUUGAAAAGAAUACAGCUUAG